AAUUUCACCCACUCUUCUUUCUUCUUCUUAUCUCUCUCUAGCCUUUCUUCUAUGGCUACUAUCCUCAAAACGCCGCCGUUCAGAGCGCCAAUCAGACCUAAACUGAUUUCCGCCGCCGGCACCAGCAAGUUAUCGCCAUUUUAUGGCUCUAUUAGAUAUAAAACUAGUGUCCGUAGCUGUAUCGCCGCCAACAAAUUGCCACAGUUUGCUGCCAAAUCUUCGCGGCGGUUCCCAAAAUUUGGUCUGUUCGCUGCUCAAGAAGAAACUGAAACUAUAGAGACUCAGGAAUCCGUUCAGGAACCGGAAAUUGAGCAGGAGCCCUCAGAUGGUGCUGUUGGAGUGGAAGAUAUUGCUGCUGAGGUGAAAGAUAGUGCCAGUGGUGAAGAGGCUGCUGAUGCGGAGGAAACAACUACUUCAAUCAUCUUGACUUCUCUCCGCUCGUACAGAGAGGCUUUGGCCAGUAAUGAUGAGUCUAGAAUUGCUGAGAUAGAAGCUUUUCUUAAAUCUGUUGAAGAAGAGAAAAUUGAUCUUGAAAAGAAGGUAACAAGUUUGGCGGACGAAUUGUCUGUUGAAAGAGAUCGGGUUCUUAGGAUUAGCGCGGACUUUGAAAAUUUCCGGAAGAGAACAGAUAGGGAAAGGCUUUCAUUGGUGUCAAAUGCCCAAGGAGAAGUUGUGGAGAAUUUGUUGUCUGUUUUGGAUAAUUUUGAGAGAGCCAAAUCUCAGAUUAAAUUGGAGACUGAAAGAGAAGAGAAGAUCAGUAACAGCUAUCAGAGCAUAUACAAGCAAUUUGUAGAAAUUAUGGGCUCACUCGGUGUUGUCCCUGUGGAGACUGUCGGAAAUCCCUUUGAUCCAUUGUUGCACGAAGCAAUUAUGCAAGAGGAUUCAACCGAAGUUGAAGAAGGAAUUAUACUUGAGGAGUUCCGUAAGGGGUUCAAACUCGGAGACAGGCUUCUGCGGCCAGCAAUGGUGAAAGUUUCAGCCGGUCCAGGUCCUGCAAAGCCCGAGCAAGCAGAGUCACCUGAAGAAGCUGAGACUGUAGGUGAAACCCGGCAAGAGGAGAGCCCAGAACCGGAAUCGGGUUCCUAGAAAAGACGAUACUCGACCUGAGUCAAGUUAUGUAAAAGCAUAAGCUAUAUUAUUGUGAUACCCGUAGGACAUUCAUUAGUUUCUUCAGGAGGAUCUGAUUGGUGCAAAUGAAUAUUACUAGUUAUUCUAUGAGAGGAAUUUAUUGAGCAAAAGUAUCAUUUCCACA